UCAAGACAACGAUCGUUGGCUAAAAAAGGACGAAACUAAUGGAUGGCAUCGUUGCUCUAUCUGUUUUCCUUUUUCUAUGUCUAACUCUUUCACUCUCACUAAUACCCCCUCCCCCUCCCUCCGGUUGCUCUUUCCUUCCCCCUCUUUCCCUCCGCCACUCCUUUCAUUACUUCCAUUUCUCAUUCUCUCGCUCGCCACUAGCCUUUUCCCUCCUUCAAAAUCGUAUCGCGAAACGUCGAGUCCAUCGUCCUUGCGUAUGUGGAUAGCCGUAUUAAAAGUUGCAAAGAAUUUCCGUGUCAUGCCCCACCACGUCGAUUUUUCACGGAUUUUCACGUAGGUUUCUGCUAUGGCGUAGUACCUCUCACUCGCUCUCUGACGUUUCUUCACUUCUCUCGACGCCACCAACAGCUGUUUCGUCCGAUCGUCGCCCUCUCGUAUAGUCCGUAUCUCGUCGCGGGAGCGAGAGAGAAAGAGAGAAAAUUGUGCAAGGAUACUAGUGUGUAAGAAGUUACAAGUACAGUCAAUUACAUAGUAUCGAGGCAUUGCCAAAACUUUGCACGAUUUACAAAUAGAAAAAUCUUGGUGAUACGCUAUAUUGUGUGAUAGAAAAGACAGUAACAAAAAUGUCAGUAUUGAAUCAAAGCGGGGAAGAUGCAGUGGAGUGUCCUUUAUGUAUGGAACCAUUGGAGGUGGACGAUUUGAAUUUUUUCCCGUGCACUUGCGGAUAUCAAAUAUGUCGUUUUUGCUGGCACAGAAUUCGUACCGAUGAGAAUGGUUUGUGCCCUGCUUGUCGGAAGGCCUACUCUGAAAAUCCUGCUGAUUUUAAGCCUCUCAGUAUGGAAGAAAUCGCAAGAUUAAAAGCCGAAAAGAGAUUAAAAGAUCAACAACGUAAGCAGAGAGUUACAGAAAACCGUAAACAUCUAGCAAAUGUGAGAGUAGUACAAAAAAAUCUAGUAUUUGUAGUAGGAUUACCAUUGCGACUUGCGGAUGCUGAUGUAUUAAAGCGACAUGAAUAUUUUGGAAAAUUUGGUAAAAUUCACAAAGUUGUAAUAAAUCAAAGCACUUCCUACGCAGGGUCUCAAGGCCCUAGCGCUUCGGCUUAUGUUACCUACCAACGUCAAGAGGAUGCACUGCGUGCUAUAGAGGCUGUAAAUAAUGUUGUUAUGGAUGGUCGAACAAUAAAAACGUCACUAGGGACAACAAAGUAUUGUUCACAUUUUAUGCGUAAUCAGCCUUGUCCGAAACCGGACUGUAUGUAUUUACAUGAUCUUGGGGACCAGGAGGCAUCGUUUACUAAGGAGGAGAUGCAUCAAGGGAAACAUCAGGAAUAUGAACGGAAGCUCGUGCAAUCGUUACAUGCAUCGCAUGCGUCUGCCCAACGAAAACCAACACCUUCGCCAUCUGUGACGGGUAGCAUUGUUCGAGAGAACGGAACUUCAAAUUCUCAAGCCAAAGAAGCUUGGCCAUCGUUACAGACUGGACAAACAAAUAGCACACAAACAAAUUGUAAAGAACUAUCACCGCCAUCGCAAGCAACCUCGCAACCGAACAACAUAACGAACGGAAACGGUACGACAAAUCAACAAAGUCACGUAUUGUCCGGCGGGUCCACGCAUCAACAAAAUAACAACAACAAAGGCGAGAGUAUGAAUUUACGGAGAGGCAAAAGUAAUAGCGAAAGUAAAGCACAGGCAGCGCGAAAUAAACAUAAAAAUUGUCAGAACAAGGAGAAACAUAGUACGCGAACAACGUCACGGUCCGAGUCGAGCUCUAUCGGCGCGCAAAACAAUGUACAACCACAAAUUAAUGGACAAAAGGAUAUUAGAAAUUUCACGUCCGAAACGAAUAGCGAUGUUUUGCAAAAAUUGGGUAACAAAUGCAAAUCGGAACAACAGCAACAGCAACAGCCGUCGCCGCAACAGCAGCAACAAAGUAAUAAAGGAUCGAAAUUAGUUCAGCAGCAGCAACAGUCGCAAGAAGUUAAAGUAAACGGGGUAGUGGAAAAUGGAGAACGUCGACAUUCGGAUAGUGAGACAGAUCAGCAACGCGAAGGUAGUACACCGGCUAGUACAAUAUCGAGUACAGAAGAUUCGAAUGUGAAUCAACAAGUAGAACAUUUAGCAGAAUCAAGCGAGGAGAACAAUGGUGCUGCUAUUUUGGGUUCCUCUCCAGCUAGCACAAAUUCAUCACAAGGUGCCAAUCAACAGCCGCCGCCAGGACUGCAUAAUGGGUCCCAAAUGCAACUCAGUCAUCGGUCAAUCUUUCAGGCGGACAAUAACAGCUUCUUCAGUUCAAACACUUUCCAGAAAAUCUCUACCACCACCUCAGUGCCACCCGCUUCUUUGACAGCAAACCCAAACCUGAAUUGGACAAGCACAGGCGUAGCUUCUAUUCCCGAUUCGUUGCCAAUGGUUCAAUCGAGCGAAGAUUGGCAAGCAGCUUUCGGUUUUCAACCGGAACCGUCACGAACGAAUCAUGUACAAAAAUCCAGUCCUUCUAGCUCACCGGGAGUAACCUUUAGCUCCGAAGGUUUCGUUGACGAAGAAGUUUACUCCAAUUUGCAGUAUACCGCACUCUCAGAACAGUCUGGUACUUUUACAUCCAGUUUGCUCGUUAACUCGCCUGCAUCAAAAUUUAUGGCAGACUUUCAACAAAACUCAUUACAACAAAGGCUCGCACUGCAGGCGCAACAAAACCAAGAGAAUUGUGAAUACAUAAAACAAAAUGGUCAUGCUACUCUGGAGGAAGUUAGAAAUCAUAAAGAAUCUGGCUCAGAUAUAAAAGCUGAUGACGACUUAGGUUUCGAUCCCUUUCACGAAACGCAAAAAGCUCUCGCCGAACUUAUGGAAAAUGAAAUGCAACUUCAACAACAACGGUUGUUUCAGCAGCAGCAACAACAGCAAAGAGAACGAGAAGAACAAAAUAGGAUACAGCAUCAACAGAAUAUUGCAAACCUUGGCCAGCAACACUUUCCACAGGUUGCUCAUAUAGCACAAUUACAACAACAAGCCCAACACUUGCAGAAUCUACAAGUUCUCCAACAAUCGCAUUCCCUGCUGUCGCGUCUUCCACAAAAUUUACUACAAAGUGGUACACAAAGUCCUGCUCAGAGUACCGUGGCUGCAGCCAGUUUGGGACAACGUAGCCGCCUUCCACCACCAGGUUUCCCUGGUUCUACACCAAAUCACAUGAAUUCUUUUGGUCUUGGUAUACCGCGACCAGCUCCCACGAAUGGUGCUCUUUCGGGAGCACAACCACCGCAGCAAAACGCCUAUCUUCCGAACGGAAAUCCCCUUCUGAAUUCGCAAGGUAUUAGUAAAUGUGCGGGCGAUACAGUUUAUACGCUUAAGGAUUGGUGUGAUAUCAAUAAUCAGCAACAACAACAACAAUUUCAUCAUCAAGCAUUACAUCAAAAAGGAGGAUGGAACAAUUUUGGACCUAUCGCGGACUGGACUUCGAUUGAUCCAGCCAUCGUUAGUUCUUCUAGGCCUCUUCCAUUCCAAACUACUAGUACAUGGCAGUUUCCACAUGUUCAUCCAACACAUACUGUAUCACAUAAUGCGCAACAGGAACAACAGAACGCACCAACUCAACAUUGGGCAAUGCAACCACCCCCUGGUUUUGCUGCACCAGCGACUACGGGCCAAUUGAGUAAUCAACAGCCAAGCACAACUGCACAGCCGCACACCAAACUUAUCUCUGCAGGAUCGGAAAUUGAAAAUCUAUAAAUAAAUAUGAGUACGCGAACUGUACAAGUGUAUGAUAAAACAUCCAUACGAGACGAGAUGAGAGUCAGCAAUGAUAACAAUAAACCUGACAGUCUGUUACGUACGUUUUCCCGACCCGUGUCUAUAUAUUUCAAUUGAUUUUAAUUCCGAUACUUUAUCUGUUCCUCACUGGAUGAGUAUUUAUCGUUAAACAAGUAUUUAAAGACGCUGGAAAUAUAAUUUUACGAUGGAUACUUUUGAAUAUAUGCGACGAAUAUACUCCUAUAUACGUUCUCGAUAAUAUUCUCAUAUUUAAUCUAUAGAAAAUUCAAACUUGUCUAGAAGUCUGGCAGUGUUAUUGUAAUUCAGUUUACUUGGGCCCGAGAGACGCGGUGCACCAAAUUAAAGGCAAUGAUCAUGAUUUAACAAUUAACACGUAAACAAGAUACUUACUUACAAUGGUAAUUACGAUAAAAGAAAAAAAAAAAUUUGUGUGUAUAUAUAUUAUUCAAACUCAAACUAAACGUAUUCAAGCGAAAAAACGAAACAUGCUUUUCUGUGUAAAUAACAUUUUCAGAAGAACAUGUGUCACGAGUGAAAAAUGGACAGAAUAGACGUUCAGGAAUAAUUUUCUUCGUACUAACGAUAAAGUUCCGUUUCUAAAAUCUGAAAUAGAUUGUGUUAUACAAAAAAAAAUGAUCAACACUUAACACACCUUUUUAUUUAAAAUAUAAUGGCGUAUUACAUUUAUACUAUAAAGUGCUUAUAUACUGGCAACAUUAGAACAAAUUUUUUAACAGAAUAUUAUCUGUUUGUCUGUUUCUGGGCAAAGGAUUUCUGUUAUAUAUGUAUUAUAAAUAUGUAUUAUUAUUGUGAAAAUGCGCAGAUAGACACAUGCUAAUAAAAGAAACUAAAAUGUAAAAAAAUAAGAACCAAAUGGGCUUUUAUUUUUUUUUCUGGGAUUCCGGAUUUGAAAUUGCGAUCGAAAGAUAUACAUUUCUUUCGUUUCAAAUUCACAUUCGGUAAAUGUUCUUUUGAUUUCGUGCGGACCUAGGUCGUGCUGAAUUCGGAGCAAAUUUUGUCGCGCAAUUGUCAACGUUGCAGUGUGUCUGACGAGUAUUUAGCAGCUUCUCGUAUUCGCUUUGAUUCUAAAGCGGAACACUCGUAGAGUGGAAAAAAGCAUCCAAAAGCGGUGCUUCGAAGAAACGAAAUAUAUAUAGGAGAAUUUUCAAGUAUAGUACACUGGUUUCGACAAUGAUCAUGUAUUACACGUUAAAGCUUAUGCCAGACAGAUAUAUAAUUUAUAGCAGAUACUUCGUCGCAUUUAUACUAUUAGGGGGCAGUUAACAGCCGUAGCAAAGAAAUCUAAAUUUGAUUGGUAUAGGAACGAAAAAAAUCACCAAGCAUUUGGCAAUAGCGUUCGGGCGCACGCGACUCGGAAAACGACGAGCAACUGUCGAGACGAUUAACAGAAAAACAGUCAGCGUAACCGAAUCUCGAGUGCAUACAAAAUGAGUACGAUAUAUAAAUAUAUAUAUAUGUAACGAAAACACGUCUGAAUGAUAGUACUAUAAUACGAAGCGUUAACGUCGAAUUAUUAAACUCUUGUGGCAGAUUGUUAAACAUGUCUGCUAUUUAAACGCGACUAAGAACACACGAUACAUAUGCGAGAGAAUGAUUGAGAUAAUAAAGAUAUAAUUAUAAUAAAUUUAAUUGAGUUAAGGUAAUCGAGAAAUAUACGACAUGC